AUGUUGAUUUGCAAAACAAUCCAAGAUUGCAACCUGGGUCCAACGACAACCGCAUCUUCGUCUUCCCGUAAACGAAGCAGAACGAAGGCCCGCAAAGGCCCGACGUUUCGACCGUCCUCAGAAACGACAUCGAAGAUUCUGACAACGACGACGUUAUCCAGCGUAACGCUCUUCAGCACCGUCUCGACGUCGACGUCGCCGCAUCUCCCUCGGCCGUCGGACUACGUCAUCGACGGCCAUGUGCACGCCGAGUGGGAACAGGGCCACAGUGGCUUUUACGACAUGGAGGUGGAGGUACGCGAAGAGGCAUCUUCAGGCCGUGCUUCACGAUACCCCACCACGUUGCUGAGCAACAAUACUCCUGGCUAUCCAAUUGCAGAUGGUCCAGUGGUGGUGGUCCGUGUCGAAGAAGUGCUACUCGUGGCCCUUGUUCUGGUCAUCUGGGUGGCCGCCAUCGCUUUAUUCUUCAACCGCUGGGGCAAGAUCCGCAUGCUGGAACCCUACCAACCGAAGUUCUGUCAGCAGCCGCACCGACCCUCCUGUCCCUUGGCGCCCCUUAGCCCCCCCGCAACGGCCAAUCAAGCUCGAAUGUCGUUUUCGAAGUACAACGUCAACGCUUUAACAGAUCCCAUGUCGGUCCUGCCUUCGCCGAUAAUCCGAAGACCUCGACAAAAUUCGGUGUUCGUCGGCAGCUCCACGGUGGCCAUGUUGAAUCCGCCGCCGAGACGCGUCAAAUCCGCCAUUGAUAUUCAACAUUUAGUCGUCAACGAACACAGUCCAACGGCGUCGCUGAAAGGUAAUAGGAAAGGUUCGAUUAUCCCGAUCCUGAACAAAGAACGUCGUCCAUCGCUCAUAACUAUCGAACGGCCGUACUACUCGCGCCACCGCCCCUCCAUCACUGUCGAUCGUCCCCACGUUCAUCAACAGCGCUCCAGACGCGUUUCCUGCUUCACCGAACGCCCUCAGAACCGCCAUCGCAACUUCAUCAGCUUCGAACAUCACAGUAUCGAGCGGAAACAACAACCGCUUCAACUAUCGCAACCGUCGUGCAGCUUCCAUCCCACCAUCAGUUUCGAAACACCGUUGGAAUCGAUGGAAUUGCCGGUUGUUUCUAGCACCGGAGCUAUUCCGAAGAUAUCACGCAGCUUCGAGCAACCGAAUUUCAACAGGGAGAAGCCGAAAACUAAUCGAAGCUCGCACAGUUUGGACGUGUGCGCUGCAAGCUUCGAACGGAGGUGUUCUAUACCGGAAGAGGAUCGGGGAUCGCCGGUGUUCGUUCAUUUGGACGAAGCCACGAUAACAGCGCCUCUGUUGGAGAGCUUGAAAAGUUCUGACGUUUGAUAAUUGUUGUGAUAAUGUUCCCUCGUAGUUCCACACAAAUCAAGCCACUUUUGUAUAGCAAUUUUUAAAACCAUUUCAUACAUAUGGGAGACCCUGUGAGUCGCAAUCAUCUUCAUACUUUAUUUGGAUUCGUUAUUUAAAAUAUCAUUAACGGAGAUGAUGAACAGGAGCGCCCCAAAAAUGGACCCUUGAGGCACUUUUAAUUUGAAAAUAGCCGAUUUAUGGGUAAAUUUAUUUGAAACCAUGAUGUAAAAUAUCGUUAAUGGAAAUUAUGAACCUUGAAGCACUCCAAUUUAAAUAUAUCUAAUUAUUUAUUAUUCCUUGCCUAUGAAAGACCCUGUAAGCCGCAGUCAUCCUCGUAACAAGUAAAUUUAUUUGAAAAUGUAAUGUAAAAUAGCAUUAACGGAGAAGAUGAACAAAAGCGCCCAAAGAAUGGACCCCUGAGGUUCUCUAAUUUGAAUAUAACCGAUUUAUGGAU